UAUCAUAUGACCUUUCACUUGUCACGUGGCUUAAAACUUCAGGAUGAUGGCGCGGAAAGUUUUCACACCGCACGGCGUAGUUUUCAGUUCGUGAAAGUUUUGUUUACAUUUUCCUCCGGUGACACCGACAUUAGCAGCCAUGAGUGUGUUGGAGGUGAAGUUUAUCGGUGAUGGAGAUGCUCUGGAGCACAUCGUGGACAAACAGGAGGGUGUGCAGAGCAGCAGUGGGUCUGUUCAGAAGAUGGUGACGUUCAAGAGCCCAGCAGGACGACGGGCCAGAGAGGAGGCAGAACAUGACGGGGAUGAAAAUGGACUCCUCGAUGAGCAGAACUAUAUCCAAGCUCUGGGAACAGAUUACACAGAAGAAGAUGAGGACGGUAUGUCCAGGGUGGCUGGAUCCUCCAUUUUCACCUUUCAGAAAGUCAAACGUGGACACAGCAUGGCUCAGACUGCAAGUGAGUUGGCUCGCACUCCUGGAAAAAGCGUGACCUUCAGCACGACGCCUAACGCUGAACCCUCCACUCCCACCCGAACAGGCCGCAACAACAGAGGUGAAAGCAGGACACCGCAGAGGAGGAAGAAGGUUCAGUUUGUCUCCACAACACCUCACAGGCUCAGGAAGAGAAUUACGACACCGAGCAUCCGGUCUGACAGUGAUAGUGAGCUGUCGCCCUCUGACUCUGGGGAGGACGAGGAUGAAGCGGGAGAGGAGGAAGAGCAGAAUGUCAAGAAAGAAGACAAGGAGAACUCAAAGACUCCGAGAACACCGAGUAAAGGUUUAUCUGCUGCUCUCUACAAGACUCCUGCCAAGAAGAGCAAGAACGCCUCUGAAGCACUCGGCCAGCCCAGUAUGAUUGAGGAGUAUUUUGAAGCUCAUGGCAGCUCAAAGGUCUUGACGUCAGACCGCACCCUGGAGCGUUUGAACACCCCAAAACUUGACCGGGAGAUGUUGGUCCAGCUUUUAGAAGGAAAAUCGUCGUGCUACUCAAAAGAGAUCCAGCAGCUCCACAACAAACAUAGAAAGCACUUUAGCAAAUGGAUGUUACAGUUACAGUUGGGAUUCAGUGUGAUGGUCUAUGGUUUGGGGAGCAAAAAAGCUCUGCUGGAGGACUUCCGUGUGUCUCACCUGGGGCAAGAGAUCCAUCUCGUGGUCAAUGGAUUCUUCCCUUCCAUCACUCUUAAAUCAAUCUUAAACGCUCUGACGUGUGAGGUUUUGGAGCAUCAGGGAAGCUUCCGCACCCCCUCAGACCAGAUCCAGCACAUCACUCAGACCCUUAAAGACAGCCCAGACCUCCAUGUGUACUUGCUAAUACAUAACAUCGAUGGACUAAUGCUGCGAGGAGAGAAGACCCAGAGUGCACUGGGGCAGCUGGCCUCCCUACCCAACCUGCACUUGGUGGCUUCUAUAGACCACAUAAAUGGUCCAUUGGUGUGGGACCAGUUUCAGCAGAGCCAGUUUAACUGGCUGUGGUGGGAGUGUGUGACGUUCCAGCACUACGUGGAGGAGACGUCGUAUGAAAACUCACUACUGGUGCAGCAGACUGGCGCUCUCGCUCUGUCCUCCCUUACACAUGUGUUACGCAGCUUGACACCCAAUGCAAGAGGAAUUUUCAAACUGCUGGUGAAAUUUCAGCUGGAAAACAAAGAUAACCCUUCAUACUCAGGAUUGUCAUUCCAAGAUUUCUACCAGCGUUGUCGAGAGGCGUUCCUGGUGAAUUCUGACCUCACACUGAGGACUCAACUGACUGAGUUCAGAGACCACAAACUGAUCCGUACACGCAAGGGUGCAGAUGGAGUGGAGUACUUGCUGGUUGCUGUGGAAGCGAGCACGCUGAUGGAUUUCCUGGAGAAUGAGGAGGGUGACUGAGAAGUGAAAACUUUGGACUUGCGUCACUUAAACUUCAGUAGCUGACUGACUUUACCAGAAUAUAGAAAGACAGAGUUACAUCUGAAUUGCAUAAAACUUGAGCCCGGCUUACAGGCUAUGCACAGUUUAACCUAAUGGUUUAAUAAUUAUUGGUGAAAUUUUUUGACUUGUCAUAAAUGCCCCACUGUAGCACUGUGCACAUUUACAUCUUGUGUUUUGUAAAUUAAAAUCAACACUUGGAGUUCA